AUGGGGGAGAACGUGGCUUCCCCUGUUUACGCUGUGUACUACCCUGCAGAUAUAGCAAAAUCUCCACGGAAUGUUUUCAUGACACUUAAAGAAGCGGUCAGUUUCGCCAACUCGCCCGAGGGAAAGUCCAAAGGAGCGCGUUUCAACCGUUUUGGAACACCUAAAGAAGCCAUGGACUUCUUCGCCGCUGGGGAAUGUCGAAGCCCUCCUCCGCAACCAGCGACACCAACGUUGAUAUCAGAACCAACAAUUCCACAUCCAUCAGUCAGUCGCCUCGAUAUGAACAAACUCAAAAGGGCUAUAGAAAAAGAAUCGGUGCAGGCAGUCUGUGAUCUCGUGAAUUCGAACCCCAGAUUCCUUGUUAACACCAACGGUGACACAGCAGCGAUUGUGAUGGUAUGCAUCAGUUUCAUUUUUGUUUCCUUUACCUCUGUUGUUGCUUUCUAUGCAGGACAAUGUGACCACCUAAAAAUAUCAUUGAAAUCGUGA